AUGUCGUCAACUCAACUCGCUUUCACCCUCUCCACCAGCACCAAGAUCAAGACCGUCCACCUUCUUGGCUCCUGGGACAACUACGCAGGGCAGCUUCCCAUGUCCAAGGAUUCCUCCAAGCCUGGUAAAUGGAAGGGCACGUUCCGCUUCGGUAGCUCCACGCUCAAGCCAGGCAAACGCUAUUGGUACUACUAUAUCAUCGAUGGCUACCACGUGUCUCACGAUCCAUCAACCAAUAGCACCAAGGAGCCCACCACGGGUCGUCUCCUCAACAUCCUCGAUGUCCUCGCCUCCAAGGAUAGCUCUAGCAGACACAGCAAGCACGCCUCGGCUGAGAUUCCCAAAGGCCGCUCCGUCUCUCCAAGCAAGAUCGUUUGUCCCAAACCCAGCAAGCCCUACGCCUCUCGUGCCGUACGAGAAGCCGACUACAGCCACUCGCCAGUCUACGACGACCUUGCCGCUCAGCUCGAGAAAUCUUCACUCUAUCAAGUCCGCGACAUCUCACCGCCCUCUUCCGUCGUGAUCCCAGCUCAUCGUCAAGCGGAGGCAGCAAAUGCUCCUGCAAUCGCUAUGGCGUCACUCGCCGUGGCGACCGUGUCAAGAUGGAUUGCGGCGGCUCACGAUGCGGAUACAGCGACGACAGCUCCUCGUGCAGCAACAUUGAGUCGAGCUCGGAGUCCGAAAGCGAAAGCGAAGACGAGAGACCCACAAUUAGGAAAUCCAUGGGUGGGUCGAGCAAGGCACGGUUUCCUCUGGUGGACGAAGGCGAUGAACAAUGAAAUGAUGACAUACACUGAUUGA